AUGCGAAAAGGGAAACAAAAGUUUCUUAAAACGGUCCGGUGCUUACAAUUAAUCACCACCCUCUUCAUCUACCAUGUUUUUGCUGAUGAUGCUGCCAUCAUGGCAGAACUGGCCAAAGGUUUCUCCAAUGCCCCGCCGGGGUGGAGUGGCAACACCCCAUGUAAAUGGACAGGCGUCCAGUGUGACUCAUCAGGCAGAGUCAUCUCCAUUAUUCUCAUCUCCAAAUCUCUCUCAGGCAAAUUACCAUCAGGUUUGAAUAAACUCUCCAGCCUACAAUCCCUCAAUUUUCAAAGGAACCAGCUUUGGGGGCCGCUACCUUCCUUGUCAAACCUCACGUCCCUCAGAGAAGUCUACCUUGACGGCAAUAAUUUUACUUCUGUUCCUCCUGAUUUCCUCAUGGGCCUGACAAGUUUGCAGACAUUCAGCAUUGGCGAGAACCUGAAUCUCCCUCCCUGGACAAUCCCGAAUACCCUGGCCGAUUCGACCGCCCUCGUAAGCUUCAUUGCUAACAAGGCUAACAUCGCUGGGGAAAUCCCAGACAUUUUUGGGUCGUUCCCAAGUUUACAAAGUCUUCGGCUUUCUUACAACAACAUCACAGGGGGUCUGCCACCUUCUUUUGCUGAGUCAGGGAUUCAGAACUUGUGGCUGAACAAUCAGAUUGCCGGUUUGUCGGGCGGAAUUGACGUUCUCGGAGCAAUGUCGCAAGUAACUCAGGUUUGGCUACAUGUUAAUAAAUUUUCAGGGCCAAUUCCCGAUCUUUCUGGAUGCAAAUCCCUUUUUGACCUUCAGCUUCGUGAUAAUCAGCUAACCGGUGUGAUUCCUCCUUCUCUGUCAUCGCUUCCUGAGCUGCAAAAUGUAACUUUGGAGAAUAAUUUAUUCCAGGGUCCAGUACCCAAGUUUCCUGCAGGUGUUCAGGUCACCGAUGGAUCUAGUGACGGUAAAAAUAGUUUCUGCAAUACCAGUCCAGGCCCUUGUGCUCUGCAGGUGACAAUAUUGCUUCAGGUUGCUGGUGCCUUGAAUUAUCCAUCAGCAUUAGCCGAGUCUUGGAAAGGGAAUAAUCCUUGUCAGAAUUGGCGCUUUAUUGUCUGUGAUUCAGGAAGUGUAAGUGUGAUUAAUUUUGGAAACCAGAAUUUUCCUGGCCUCAUAUCACCUGCAAUUGCAAACCUUACCUCAUUAAGGACCCUGGACAUGCAUGCCAAUAAACUUACUGGUUCUAUACCAGCUACCCUGACCAGUUUGACAAAGUUGAAGGUUCUUGAUGUUUCCAACAAUAAUCUCUCUGGAAAAAUACCAGAAUUUGCCCCAGGUGUGUCGGUGAAAACUUCUGGUAAUCCCUUUAUUGGAAUAGAGUUGCCCCCUAGCUUCCCUCCAGGAAAUGCAUCAUCUGGUCCAAUUGACAAAGCGAAGGCUUCUGUCUCACCGUGGAUUAUUGUUGUUAUUAUUGUUGUUGCUGUUGUCAUGGUUGUUGUUUUGGGUUUCAUAGUUUAUAGACGUUAUUAUGUAAAGAAGCAAAGUCGUGAAUACAAGUCAGCUAAGGGCAGUAAAAAUGGGAAAACCUCGCUUGAGGGUGAUUCUGAUGCAAUAUCAAGCGAUUUACCCAGCCAAAUGGGUACUGAAAACUAUGAUUUCCAUUUUAGUGAUGGUAUCAGUGUCGCCAUACCAAUAGAAGUACUCCGAGAAGCAACAAACCAUUUCAGUGAAGAAAACAUAUUGGGUGAAGGUGGAUUUGGCAUUGUUUAUAAAGGACAACUUCAUGAUGGGACACAGAUAGCCGUGAAGAGGAUGGAAUCUUCUUUUAUGAACAAGAAGGGUCUAGGUGAGUUUAGAGCUGAAAUUGAGGUCCUGUCAAAGGUUAGGCAUAAGAACUUGGUUGCUCUUCAUGGUUUUUGUGUCAACGGAAAUGAGAGACUUCUGGUUUACGAGUAUAUGCCUCAAGGGACACUGGGGCAGCAUUUAAUUAGUUGGCAAGAAAGGGGCACCCUUCCACUCACUUGGAAACAAAGACUCUCCAUAGCAUUAGACGUUGCCAGAGGCGUUGAAUAUCUGCAUGGAUUGGCAAACCAGAGUUUCAUCCACAGGGAUCUCAAACCCUCUAACAUCCUUCUCGGAGAUGAUAUGAGGGCUAAGGUUUCAGAUUUUGGUUUGGUUAAGAUUGCCCCUGAUGGGAAGCACUCAGUUGAGACGCGACUAGCUGGAACUUUUGGGUAUUUGGCACCAGAAUAUGCUGCCACUGGCAGAGUGACCACGAAAGUUGAUGUCUAUGCAUUUGGAGUAAUCUUGAUGGAGUUAAUCACCGGACAGAAGGCCUUGGAUGAUGCACAACCAGAAGAGAAAGCUCACUUGGUCACUUGGUUCCGAAGGGUGACUUUUAACAAGGACGAGAUCAGAAGCUCGUUAGAUCCUUCCUUAAGACCAGAUGAAGAAACCUUCAAAAGCAUUUGGAAAGUGGCAGAAUUAGCAGCCCACUGCACAGCUCGCGACCCAUAUCAGAGACCUAUCAUGGGGCAUGCAGUUAAUGUCUUGUCUCCCCUUGUAGAGCAGUGGAUGCCUGGUUCCGAUGAUGAAGAAGAAGAUAGUUUUGGCAUUGAUCUCAAUAUGAGCCUGCCGCAAGCCUUGCAGAGGUGGAAAGCUAACGAAGAGACGUCCACAAACAGCGACUUAUUUACAGAUACCAGCCCGGAGUUUACUAGCACGCCUCAGCUGCCUUCACGAUACACAAGCUCGUUUAGCUAAAUGAUGGCCGGAGAUACGUACCAAUGAUAAGAUAGAUACGUACAUGCAGCUGCAGUUCAAUCUCCGGCUCAUCA